AUGUCGUUAAGUUUGUGCACGGCACAGCACCUCGCUUUAGUGAUGUUUACAAAUCUGGUACAGUCACUGUUGGACAAGGCUUGCCUCCAAGCAGCAAAAACCCAAAGCGGCCACGGGGAAAACAAAGCGCUGUGGACUAUAGUAAAUACUACAACCGUGGGGCACAAAGAAGCGUUGCUGAUUAUGCGCAGCCCACUGUUGUCCAAAGACCAGUCCAAAGACAGGAGUAUUCGAUUCCUCAACCAUCUCAACAACAAUACACUCAACAGUCUCAGCCAUCUCAACCUUCUCACCACCCUCAGCAACAUAGUCAACAGCAUAACCAGCCAAAGCCUAUGGUUUCGGCUUCUAUUGCGUCAGCAGCCUCAGCGCAACCAAUGCCGCAACGCAGAAAAGCUCCUCCACCAGCUCCAAGCCACAGUGAAGCUAUUGCAGCUGCAACUGCAGCUACGACUGCUCAUCCUGAGCUUCAACACGGGGUGA